AUGUUGUUUGUUGUCAGUGAUACCUUGACUCAACAACUAGUUGAAAAAAAAAGAUGGAACCACGAUGGCAGAAGAACUCUGCGGAUGGGAAUUAUGGGCAUAAUUGUUGGACCAAUUCAAAGGACAUGGUUUCUUACACUGGAACGCUUUAUACCCCCUACAUCCAAGAUACAGAUUGUCAAGAAAUUAAUUGUAGACCAAACAAUAUAUGGGCCAUUUAUUAUAUUCUUCUUUUAUUCACUUUCUGGGAUUUUGGCUGGAAAAGAACUCCGUGAAGUUAAACUAUUGUUGCAAGAGAGAUAUAUAAAGACUCUUCUGACUGGGUACAAGAUCUGGCCUUUGGUACAGGCAGUGAAUUUUUCAGUAGUACCUCUUCAGCACCGAGCCAAUUUUGUUCAAUUAGUUUCUCUUUGUUGGAAUAUGUACCUGUCCUGGAUGGCAAACAAAUCAAUAGGUAGUGAUGUGGAACUUCAAACUUGUGCUGAAUUAGUACCCAGUCAACAAGCCAAAAACAUUUAA